AUGUCCGACGCUUUUCCAAACAAGUCGGAGGCUCCGACUGAGAACCCUUCUACUCCUUCUCUUCCAGACAAAGCAGAUUCCGAUGCGGCCUCCACAAACUCUUGGGAUUCCGAUUCUAAGGUACCUCAAGCUACCGAACCAGCUCUUGAUGUCAAGGGUAAGGGAAAAGAGGUUGAUACACCCGACGACAAACAGGUAUCUGGACCAUCAACAGUUCCUUCCUCUACUCCAAAGGCUGAAUCUCAGCAACCUGAAGGUUCAAAAAAUACGACCGAGCCAGUUAGUCACGGUUAUCAUCGCCCUUCCGUGGAAGACUCUGAAGAUAGUGCAUCUGAGAUUGAUUACUUACCUCCAAGACAUCUCGCGGAAAAACUGCGUGAUAUGAUCCUCGAAUUGGCUUCUAUUCCCACCAGACCAAUGAACGUCUGUGGCACAUUCCGGAAUUUAGAUCCAUCCAACGGCCAGUCGACACCAGAACGUCGGUAUCCAAUAUUUGACGAAGUAAUGUCCAGCAGUAAAUUGCCAGUUGAUCAAAUUGAUCGACUCAGAAAAGAAUUCGAGUUAGGAGAGGAGAAGAUAAAAAUCGAGAAGCGAAAAAAGGAACAAGAUUCCUCCACUGCGGGAGGAGCUGCUAAAGAUCCAUUUCCGUUACCACCGAGUACACAAGCCUUUGUGGAAGCCUGUUACCAACGUCUCAGAGCCGAGAAAAUCAGACAAGACAAUGAUCCAUUCAUCCCGGAAAUCGUAUCGACGGUUCACGACACACCAGCUCCCGAGAAUCGACAGCAACUGCCAACAGCAGACAUGCUAUCUAACCUGCAAAACACACCAAGAGAUCAGGUUCCAGCAGACAAAAAGCACAAGCGGAGAGUAAGCUUUACUUUUGACCCUAGCACAAGUGGGCCCCGAAGCGCAAAUGUCCAUACAACCCAGGCUCCAGCUAGAGGAAUUCUGAGAAGGUCUUCGGCGUCCUCUUCGGGCUCUACGACUCCUCUCAUAAAUACACCUGGUACCCUGAAGGACCAGACGAGGCAAACUACUGCGACGGAAGCUUUUAAGUCAUCAUCUUCAAAUGCAGGCUCUAAGAGAACGACCGCUUCCAGCAGCUCUAAGAAUGCCGGAACUUCAUCAGCAAACAACACGGCAGCCACACCUACCAAGGGAUCUUCGGCAGCGACCCCACCCUGUGGAGGAAGAUCCGUUCCUGAUGGAGCGAGAGCCGUCCCUAGCGACGCCAACAGCUCUAAGACGUCCUCACGAGAACCCAAAAGUAGGGCAAGAGGAGAAGGCACCACGCCAAAUUUCUUCCGCCAAUACUAUGGCCCUCCACCAUUGAGAAGGCGGCGACCAGUGCCAGGCUCGGGUUCGUUCUUCAGCGGAGCAGCUGCAGCGGGUCCACAUACAAGCCAGACAUCCGACCAAGCUGCUCACGGCGAUCAACAUCCUCGAGCUCAGAGCAACAUCCCUCAGACUCCUGAAGAGCCAUGCACUUGCAAGUGCGCUAGACAUCAGCAUAGACCUCAAAUGCCCCAUUUCUUCAAUGGCGCGAACUUUCCAUUCCAACCCUGCUUUCCGCCCUUUCAACCAUACUCUCCGUUUGUGUCACAAUUCUCUACCACCACGGGUUUUGGGCACGAAUCCCGUUCCAGGAGUGAUGCCCACGGAAUUGGUGGUGGGUGGGAGGAAAUGGCGAGAGAGAAUAUACUACUUGGGGAGGAACUAAUCAAAAAGGUGGAUGCUAGGAUAAAGAAGAGAGAGGAAGAAGCCGCGAAUAGAAAGGCAGAAGCUGCAAAGAGAAAGGAAGAAGCCGCAAAGAGAAAGGAGGAAGAAGCUGAGAGAGAGCAGAGAAAUCGAGAGAGAGAGGAAAGAGCUAGAGAGGCAGAGGAGAGAUGUAUCGUGAGAGAGAAGAGACACAGUGAGCGCAAGUCUUGA